GGCUCUAGCUUCUGGGUAUUUAGGGGCUCACGUGCGUUGCGCGCCCGAAGCUCUCUUGCUCCUCCGUCCACUCGUCCACUAUCGACCAUGUCGUUGCGGCAAAAGACUGAAGCUCUCAGGCAAAAGAUCGAUAAUCUCCUUGUGGCGGGAGUUGAUGUGGCGGUUCCAAUUCUCAGGGUCGUCAAUGCUACCGUUGAUUGGUGUCCCCCUCUAAAGAUGGCGACUGGCGGUGCACUCUCCAUCAUCGACGAGGUUAAAAAGUUCAAGGGGAACAAGAAACAAUGGGCUGAUUUUGGUGAAUACGUGGCUAGCACUAUGGCCAGGGUAGUUUCAGCCAUAAAGUCUUAUGAUGUGUCAACGAAAGAGGCAACGUCAUGGGUGGAGGGUGUCACAGAGCUCGCGAACGCACUACAGGAGAUCCAGUCCGAGAUCGAACUAAGACUUAAAAAAGUAGAGGAACGGUCAGCUGUAAGAAAUGCCUGGUCCCACUAUCGAGACCCUGGAAGAAUUGAGGACCUAAAGAGAGGUUUUGACAAAGCGUUGGCAUCGUUUCAGCUUAGGACGAAUUUAACAAUUGGUGUCAAAUUAUCGACCAUAGAGGACAGCUUAGGCCGUCUGGAGUGUGACCCAAUCCUCGAUAAUCUCCGAUACCCUCAAAUCGCCCACCAUGAUUCAACAGAGGCAUGCCUAGAAGGCACCAGGGUCGAUCUUACGGAGCGUAUUAUGAACUGGUGUCGUAACACCGGGGAUAACGAGAACCGGCUGAUGCUACUGACCUCUGUGGCCGGCGCUGGCAAGACUUCGAUUGUGCACACGAUUGCAGAUAGAUGUGACAAGGAGAUUAUUCUGUUGCUGUGCUUUUUCUUCACAGUUGGGGAACAGCCACGGCCGGACCGUUUAUUCAGCGGCAUUGCUCAAGCUCUAGCAAAGCGUGAUGCAGAUUACCGUGCCUUCAUUAUCUCUGCCCUUCGGAAAGACCCCACCCUAUCAACAGCCUCAUUCACGAUGCAGUUCAAGGAAUUGGUGGCUUCACCUCUCCUUCAUAAGCCUCCGCCUCCCAGCCAUCCUAUGGUGGUCAUUAUCGAUGCUUUAGACGAAUGUGACGAAGAAGCGUAUCAUCCCCUUGCUAAGAUUCUCUGCGAGGAAGUACCCAAGUUACCGUCUUCCAUAAAGUUUUUCGUUACUUCGAGACAUGUUGAUCUUGUUAAUCGCUCCCUCUCACGCCAUUUUCCUGUCGAUCACCUCACCAUUGAUCUCCUGGAUGACACAAAUAUGGACGACUGUGCUGUGUACAUCUGUUUCCAGCUACAAGAGCUUAAGAAUUGGCAUCCCGAUUUAGUGCAUAAACUGGAGGACGAGGAUAGUGCGGUAAAGGAGAUCUUGGAUCGAGCAGGCGGCUUGUUUAUUUGGAUCAGCACCAUCUUUCGUUACAUGAAGAAUCCUAGGAAGAAUCCUAUGAGAACACUAGAGAGCCUGCUCAACACCGGGACCAAUCGAUCAAAGGUGCCCACUGAGAAGAUGAUGGAUGACCUGUAUACGAGGAUUUUGAAGAAGUUUGAUUGGGAGGAUGAAGAUUUUGUGCAUGACUACCCGAUUGUGAUGGGAGCGAUUUUCGUUGCUCAGCAGCCUCUGUCCGUCAUGGCUUGGGAUGCAAUUUUGUCGCCUUUCCUCAAUUCUUCUGUUCGAUAUGCGCUGGCUGAACUUGCUCCUCUGCUCUCAGGGGUUGAGGAUUCCCACAUUCCGGUUCGCAUCAUACACCAAUCUUUCCGCGAUUUUAUUGUUGAUCGGAUCGAUCCCCGAACAAUCAGCCCUCGUUACACUCACAUAGCUGUUGGGGUGGAGAAUGCCAAGGUUGCCCUGCGGUGUACCGAGAUAUUGAACAAGGAUCUUUGCUCUGUGAAGGGCUUAGGUCAGAUUGGAAACUUGUCCGAAAAAGAUGAAAUGCCGCGCAUCCCUCCAAAGGAGCUUUCCGAGCACUUUCGUUAUGCAUGUCGCCACAUCAUCCAUCACCUCAGUGGAGUUCGGGGACGGUCUGAGGAGCUUGCUGGGCCAGUUAGUAUGUUUCUGAGUCAGGAAGCAACUCGGUGGGUGGAAGUCUGUGUGAGAAUGGAAAACUACAUCAGUAUCUCGUUACUCCCUGAGUGGGCUAAGUUGGCUGUUGACUGCAGGGCUGUUAGUGCACUGGCUCAUGUGGUUACCGAGCUUUCGUGGAACCUGGGAUUUUUUUCGAGAUUCCAGGAGGCAUAUGAGGCAGCGAAUGAUUCUGUUGUACUCUGCCGUUACCUUUUUUCUGUGGACUCAAGUUCCUACACCCCGCAUUUAGCUAAGUCACUCAAUAGUCUGUAUGUUGCUCUUUCCAAUCUCGGACAGCACUCGGAGGCACUCCCAUUCAUCGAAGAAAGUGUCAAACUCCGUCACCAGCUAGUUGCCAUUAACCCAGGAUCAUACACCCCGGAUUUGGCCAUCUCACUCAACAAUCUAUGUAAUGCUCUUUCCAAUCUCGGACAACACUUGGAAGGGCUUCCAUUCAUUGAAGAAAGUGUCAAACUCUACCGUCAGCUAGUUGCUGUUAACCCAGGAUCAUACACCCCGGAUUUGGCCAUGUCACUCAACAAUCUAUAUAUUGCUCUUUCUGAUCUCGGACGGCACUCAGAGGCACUCCCAUUCAUUGAAGAAAGUGUCAAACUCCGGCGCCAGCUAGUUGCUGUUAACCCAGGAUCAUACACCCCAGAUUUGGCCAUCUCACUCAACAAUCUACGUAUUGCUCUUUCCUAUCUUGGACGGCACUCAGAGGGGCUCCCAUUCAUUGAAGAAAGUGUCAAACUCCGGCGCCAGCUAGUUGCUGUCAACCCAGCAUCAUACACCCCAGAUUUGGCCAUGUCACUCAACAAUCUACGUAAUGCUCUUUCCUAUCUCGGACAGCACUCGGAGGGGCUCCCAUUCAUCGAAGAAAGUGUCAAACUCUAUCGCCAGCUAGUUGCCAUUAACCCAGGAUCAUACACCCCGCAUUUGGCCAUGUCACUCAACAAUCUUUAUAAUGCUCUUUCAGAUCUUGGACGGCACUCAGAGGCACUCCCAUUCAUCAAAGAAAGUGUCAAACUCUGUCGACAGCUAGUUGCCAUUAACCCAGGAGCAUACACCCCAGAUUUGGCCAUGUCACUCAACAAUCUAUACAAUGCUCUUUCAGAUCUCGGACAGCACUCGGAGGGGCUCCCAUUCAUUGAAGAAAGUGUCAAGCUCCGGCACCAGCUAGUUGCCAUUAACCCAGGAGCAUUCACCCCAAAAUUGGCCAACUCACUCAAGAAUCUACGCAAUGCUCUUACCAAUCUUGGACGUCAUUCCGAGGCACAAAUGGUUCACAUUUGAGCAUGUUCUCAUUGCAUUAUCCACAUUGCUGCUUGCACAUGAUGGGAAAGCUCAAAUUGGAUAUUUGACUGGAGAACACCAAUAAAUCCAACCUCAAUUUCUUUGAUUGCAAACUAUUGAUAGAAUAUUAAUUCACUGGUUGCUACUCACAGACACAUUAUGAUUGGAUAGUUACAAUUCUAUUGUCAAGAAUACUCAUGUCUUCCUCUAACCUCC